AUGGCUGCCUUAGAGCUCUUCUUCUCAUUCUUACUCUUGUUGAUCUUCUUCUUUAUCAUUCCAACACGGGCUUCCUGCCCUCCCUCAAGCUGCCCUCGCGGACCGACAGUCCGGUUCCCUUUCCGGCUUCAGAGUUUCCAACUCCGGCGUUGUGGGUAUGCAGGGUUUGACCUCUCAUGCAACAACCAGACCCUUCAAACCACACUCUCUCUCUCAAACUUUAGUGGCAAUGACUUCAUAGUCCAAACCAUAGAUUACGAUCACCAAACACUUACUGUCAACGACCCCGAUCACUGCCUCCCCAAACGCUUCCUAGACCGCAGCUUCGACAACCUCCUCCACACGACGCCGUUCCGCAUCCAUAGUUUCCAAAUGUACACGUUCCUCAACUGCUCGCCUCAGGCGACGUCGUUUCCAGCCACGGCCAGGAAUAUUUCCUGCCUCAGCGGUGAGAAUCACACGGUCUUUGCUAUGCCGUCGGGAGCUUACGAUAAUUGGCUUCAGUCUACCGCUACGUCACCGUCGCCGUCACCAUCGUCGUCAGGACUUUCGUGCGCGAUUUCGAGUGUUCGGGUUCCGGCAAGAGCUGCGAAUGAAUUGGGUGUAUUUGGAGCAGAAGAUGUUGCAUUGACUUGGUCAACGCCUGAUUGUAGAGUUUGCGAAACCAGUGGGAGAGAUUGUGGGUUAAACAGAGAUAGUCAGAUUGUCUGCUCUGAUCCGAAGGCUAAAAGAAAAGGUCUUCCAAGAAGUGCAAAAUACGGCGUAAUCAUAGGCGUGGUAAUACCCGGGAUCUUAUGCAUCCUUGGACUAGCAAGUAUUGUCUGCGGCAGAGUAAAUGCUUAUGCUCGCCGCAACCGGCCAAACAUGGACCUAUCUACCUCAGCUUCUCAGCAGCCCGCUAUCGUUGUAGUGGGCCUCGACGGUCCAACUAUCGAAUCGUACCCGAAAACUUUGCUAGGGGAGAGUCGGAGGUUGCCCAAGCCCAACGACACCACUUGCUCCAUAUGUUUGGGUGAGUACCAACCCAAGGAAGAACUGAGGACUAUACCAGAGUGCAACCAUUACUUCCAUGCUAGUUGUGUAGACGAGUGGCUCAAAAUGAACGCAACGUGCCCCGUUUGCAGGAAGUCACCGGAGGGCUCAGCUCUUGUAACCCCUUCGUCUUCAAUGUCUUCAUCUUCAACUUCUUUACCAUCGCCAUAG